CGAGCCGACAACUCUCUAUGUGACGUCACGAAGCUCCGCCUAACUUCAGUGUAUGUGUACUCACCCUAUAGUCUGGACUGAACACCCAGUGACGAUCACCAUUGAAAGUAAAUCAUUAUUAUACUUUUGAAAAAUAGUGGACUAUUAGGCUAUUGGAAUCACCCUCGUAAGAGUUCAAUAAAAGUUUUAAUACUUGAUACCAAUAGAUGUCUCUUAAAACAACUUUCAAUACGUGACUUCUAGAUGGCGCCAAAAUCUAUUUACUAGAUUUUUCUAAGCAUGUGGAAUUGUGGAUGACCGGCAUUUCAUCGAAUAUCGACAGUUUGACAAGAUUUCAAGCGUAAAACUGUUGCGAAUUCUAGAAAAGCGCAAAGAUAAGGAUACCACGGCGUAAAAUUGUAUUCUUGCGUAUUGUAAAUCAGUGACAUGGCCGAACCGGUGGACAUCUCCCCAAACAAAGACGGAGGAGUCCUGAAAGAGAUCUUGAAAGAGGGGUCUGGAGAAGCCGUACCACCGCAUGGUUCCAAAGUGACCGUGCAUUACACUGGUACACUCGUAGACGGUACCAAAUUCGAUUCCAGUAGAGACAGAGGCACACCAUUCCAGUUUGAUUUAGGCAGAGGCAGCGUUAUCAAAGCAUGGGAUAUUGGUGUGACUACAAUGAAAAAGGGCGAAAGAGCUAUGCUUACAUGUGCCCCUGAAUACGCGUAUGGGGAGGCUGGAAGUCCGCCUACAAUCCCACCCAACUCCACGCUGAAGUUCGAUGUUGAGGUACUAGAUUGGGAGGGUGAAGAUCUAAGUCCAAAGAAAGAUAAAGGUAUUGAAAGACUGCAAGUUAAGGCUGGUGAAGGCCAUUCCACACCAAACGAGGGUGCAACAGUAGAAAUCCACUUAACAGGAAAACAUGAAGGCAAAGUCUUUGAGGACAAAAAGAUUACUUUCGUUAUUGGAGAGGGUUCUGAGGCUAAUAUCAUUCCUGGCAUAGAAAUUGCUGUAGAGAAGUUCAAAAAAGGAGAGAUCUCCACAUUGACCAUACAGCCACAGUAUGCUUAUGGUGACAAAGGCUGUCCAGAGCUUGGCAUACCACCAAAUGCUACUUUGGAGUAUACUGUCGAAAUGAAGAACUUUGAGAAGAUCAAAGAUAGUUGGGCACUUGAUGAUGAAGAGAGAAUUGAACAGUGCAAGUUAUUUAAAGAAAAAGGCACGAACUACUUCAAAGCCGGCAAGUUUCAGCUCGCGCUGAAACUUUACAAACGCAUCGUAUCUUACCUGGAACACAGUUCAGAAAAGGAUGUCGAUAACGAUCGUAAAGCAGUCCUACUAGCUGCCCAUCUCAACAUCGCUCUCUGUUGUUUGAAGUUGAAAGAUAACUUCGAGGCCAAAAGUGCCGCCGAGGCAGCACUUAAGUUGGACCCCAACAACGAAAAGGCGCUCUUCAGGCGUGGACAGGCGCUGUUGGGUGUGGGCGAGGCUGAGGACGCUAGUAAGCAUUUCUCCAGGUGUUUGGAGAUUGAUCCUAAUAACACGGCAGCUAAGGCGCAGCUUGCUGUGUGUACGAAGACGUUGAAAGAGCAGUUGCAGAAAGAAAAGCAGGUGUAUGCAAACAUGUUCGACAAGUUUGCAAAAAUGGACACUUAUUUGGAAGAAUCAGAGAAACGGAAGCUGCCUAAUGUGAUGAGUUCAGUAGGCGAGUGGGGACAAGAAGACAGAGAAAGGGAACCUAGCGAGUUUGAAAAAGAAAAUCCUGACAUUCUUUUGUUGAAUGGUACUGGGGAAUUCAAAGAUAUGUAACGAUAAUCGUGAACUGAUAACGCGUGAUAAACUUGGAGGUGCAGUCUGCGAUAAUAAGUUCGCCAAAUUUGGCAUAACAGACAACGUUAAAAAAUCAUUAAAAUAUAAACCAAGGUUUAAACUUUAAUUGAGAUACUUGGAGACCUCAAAAAUUAUAGUUUUUAACGUAUUUUUUAAGAAUUACAUUUCUAAAAUGGACAACUCUAGAGAAAGGUUACUGGAAACCUUUUUUGUUCAAGAAGAUCCAGAAAACCUGAUAAAAAAUUCGUCCAGGCAAAAAGCAUUAAUUUAUUCAAAUAAAAUUAUUUAAACAAAUUUGAACUGGGUUAGCAUGCGGUAUAUUAAAUGCUUAAAAACCCUGUUACAAAUUUUAGUUUGCUCUAUCUACAAGACUUCGAAGACUAUUUUGAGAUUACUUUAUUUUAAAGCGAUUUUUUAGCUUGUUAGGUCAAAACUGGCAAACUCUUGAUUUUCGCAGACUGCACGUUUUUAUUGCACAUUCAAAUGUUAGCUGUGUUAUCCGAUAUUGCGGUCAAUGUGGUUCAUUCUGGAUUUCGAAUGUUUGAUGAGGUAUCCGAGCUUUUCGAAUGGUAUUAGGCGACCGUUAUCUCACCAUGAUAACAGACUACAGAACAUUUGGUUUUGUCAAGAUGGUGUGGCUCGGCUUGCAACAUAGCCUGUGAAAAAAUUACUUUAUUGCGAACAGCUAAAUUCUCGUUCCGAACCAAUUAACUGGCCGCCUAGAACAUGCGAUUUCACACCCCUAGACUUUUUUUCUUUAAGGCAUAUUAAGUGGAUAAGAGUUCGAUUGAAGAAGUAUACAACUCGAGUUAUUCGCCAAGUCCCUGCGCCAAAUAUCACUAUACCCUAUUUCACGAGUAUCCAUCACGAUAGAAUGAUGCUGAUCGUCUAAUAAUAUCUCAAAAUUCCCCAUAUCGACACAGGACACGUAAUUUUAACGGAUCCGUCACCGUCAGGUAGUCAGAGCCGUAUUUUGUUUUGGUUUUUUGUACGCUACAGAUGCAUGUUGUACUUGCAAACAGCUCUUUUAUUUAGAAAAGUUCAGUUGCAUACUAGACACAAAACGCUACAAACAAGUUUUACUGGAUUUACACCCGAUUCAUUAUUGCCAACGUCGCAGACUAACACAAACCUGUCACUUGCUGAUCAGCUGUUAACUUCAUAAGAUGUUAAAGCGUGAUGGAUACUUGUGAUUGAGAGAUUGAGAUGCCAAAAUGAACCACAAAUGUCACUGAUGCCUUAUUUGAUAAUUAAGAUAACCCGACACAGUUGAUUAUCCUUAUUUUUUAAUGUUUUUGAUAAAAGUACCAAUAACAUUUAAGUGAAUCAUUAAAAAUGAAUAAAUGCAUUUAUAAUUCAAACUCGAAUGUCAACAUUUCCCUCAAUUGUUGUUUUACACGAUCUCUUAUUCAAAUAAACGUAUACAUCUCUUGUU